AUGUCAAGCCCGGGUAAAUAUGUUCGUGCUCCGGCUUUUGAAAACAACAGGGAGAGUUCAGAAGAAUCAGAAAGCUAUGUGUCCAGCCCUGGAAGGUUUGUGCGAGUUACCAAUUCUGAUGCAGCCCACAUAAGUUACAUUGGUGACACACAUGAUGAGCUUUACGCCGACUAUUACACUUCAGUAGAUCCGGAUAAGGAAACGCGAGAAUUGCGGAAAAGAAUAUUUGAACUGGAGAAGACUAUUGCGGAAAUCGCUGGUUCCGGCUUGCGUAAUCACGAAGAUAAUCAUCGUUCUGAAGCAAUUCAUAGCUCUGAAGGACCAGCAUUAGCACCAACCUUGACAUCAACCGUAAUGCAAACUGGUAGCAGUACGCAAAGCAUCAGAUGGGACAACAUCAAACCGUUCCCGAAAGGCGUUUCUGCUAACAAACUGUGGGAAGCUUGGAUAAAAUACUUCGAGAACUUCGAGUUGGCAGCUUCAUUGGCUAAUGCAGAUGACCCGGUGAAGCGAUACCAAAUGCUAUACUUAUCCAUUGGAGAUGAGCUUCAAGGAAUUGUCCGUGCGGCCAAGUUGCGUCCUGACUCGAAUGGUCCCAGUUGCUAUGCGAUUUUUGUUAAAAACAUUGAGAACUACUUGAAGUCAUUAACUGAUACCUCGGCCGAGCAUGACAUGUUUUCGUCUAUGCAACAGGAGAAAGGAGAAUCGGCAGUUAACUUCCAUGCCAGGUUGAUGGAAAAAGUAUGGCUUUGUGGUUACAGUACAUCCGACCAAGAGCGUUUUGUUCGAACGCAACUGCUGAAAGGAUUAAGGAAUCGUGCAUUAGCUAAUGCAGCAAGAACGUAUGGACAUGAUACAAACUUUGUUGUUCAGUCAGCUACGCGAGAUGAAGCUUUACAGCCCGAGUCUCCAUCACUCGAGGAUCCGACAUCCAUCAUGGCUGUAUCCCGUAGUUUUUCUCGUGGCGUGGGAAUGAAGCGUAAACAAAGUAAUGGCAAUGAGACAGGUCCUGGUUUCAGACCAAACCAAUUUCGAGGAGAAACUAAGCUUCCAUUACAACGUUAUGAACGGUGUUCAAGAUGUAAUCGGGCUGUCCAUGGUGGUCUACGGUGUCCAGCGUUGGACAGAAAUUGUAACUCCUGUGGACGCCGCGGCCAUUUUGCUGCAACCUGCCGUAUGAAACGAGUCAACAAUGUAGAGGGCAGUCGAUAUAAAUCCGAUUCUAUGGUGGAAGAUAAUAAGGCACAGCAAAUCAACGCACUUUCGCUUGGAGACGUGAUGGUUGAUUGUACCGUUGGCUCAUCAAAUCCAAUAAGAUUUCUUAUUGACUCUGGGGCAGAUGCUAAUGUUAUUGGUGGGGAUGAUUGGCGCAAUCUCCAGGAGCAGUCGCAAACUGGAUGGGCGAGGAUUGAUUAUAUUCAACUUCCUGGUAACAGGGAUUUACGCGGUUAUGGGGCCGAUAAGCCAAUGUUAGUUGAACAUGCUUUCAGAGCCAAAAUUCAUGCAAUUGGAUUCAGAAAACCGGUCGUAACUGCAGACUUCCUGGUAGUUAAACAGGGUCGCUGUUCGUUGCUUGGUAGAAAUACUGCGAGUGACAUGGAGUUGUUAAAGGUAGGCGCUGAUGUUUAUAAUUGUAGACAAUCACAACAGGACGAAGUUUUUCCGAAGAUGCCAGGAGUUAAGGUAAAGUUUUGCGUUGACAAAUCGAUUGCUCCAGAGAAAAACGCAUAUUAUAAUGUUCCGGCGGCAUAUCGCGAGGCUGCAAGACUUCGGCUCAAGCAAAUGGAGCAGCGCGGAAUCAUCGAGAGGGUUACUAUGGCACCGGAGUGGAUCAGCGGUAUGUCUGCGGUGCAAAAAGGAAAGGACGAUUUUCGGCUGGUCGUCAAUAUGCGGGCACCGAACAGGGCAAUCAAGCGUCAAUAUUUCCGGCUGCCUCUAGUUGACGAGAUGAAAGUCAAGUUGCACGGUGCAAAAUAUUUUUCUAAGCUUGACUUGUCCAACGCCUACUAUCAUCUUGAGUUGAGUAGUGAGUCACGAGAUUUAACAACUUUCUUAGCAGAAGACGGGAUGUACAGGUUUACCCGACUUAUGUUUGGGGUAAACUGUGCUCCUGAAGUUUUUCAACGAGAGAUGUCUCGAAUUUUAGAGGAGGUAAAAAACAAAAUUGUUUAUAUAGACGAUAUACUGUUGUAUGCUGAAACGCUAGAAGAGUUACGAAAGACUGUCGCCCAUGUUUUACGUAUCUUGAACACAAACAAUCUGACACUCAAUAUGGCUAAGUGUGAGUUUGAUCAAACCCGCAUUAAAUUCCUGGGACAUGAGCUGGAUAAGUCAGGAUUCAACAUCGAGGAAUCAAAAAUCAAGGACAUCAGGAAGUUCCGUCAUCCGAGCACCACAUCAGAACUGAGGAGUUUCUUGGGGUUGGCUUCAUUUGUGAGCCCGUACAUACGAAACUUUGCAGAUAUUUCAUCUCCUUUGUGGACCACGGUGUCUUCAAAAUCUUGGACCUGGGGACAGGAACAAGAGCAAGCAUUUGAGUUAGUCAAAGAUCGCAUUGUACAUUGUACAAUUUCACUUGGAUAUUUUUCGGAAGAUGACAAAACCGUUUUAUAUACAGAUGCCUCACCUAAUGCUUUGGGAGCAGUGUUAGUGCAGGAGGAUGGUAAACGUACCCCUCGCAUAAUUAGUUUUGCGUCUAAGGCGCUGACGGUCACUGAGAAAAAGUACGCCCAAAAUCAACGUGAAGCUUUAGGAGCUGUGUGGGCGGUCGAACAUUUUGCAUACUUUUUAUUAGGUAGGCAUUUCACUUUGCGCACUGAUGCUAGAGGCAUAACUUUUAUUUUGAAUCGAUCUCGGGAAACCGCUAAGAGAGCUUUAACAAGGGCCGAUGGCUGGGCGUUAAGACUCAGCCCUUAUAGCUACGAUGUAGAGUUUGUGCGUGGCUGUGAGAAUAUUGCUGAUCCCUCUUCUCGUCUGUAUGAUGGAAAUGACGACGCUUUCGACGAGGAAACCAGUCCAUGGGAAAUUGCGCAUCUAGAGGCAAGUGCUGUGCAGUUUUUGACUGAAACCGAGAUUAGGGAGUCUACCGGUCGUGACACCACUCUUCAACGAGUAUUGGAUUCAUUGGAAACUGGAGAUUGGCCUAAGGAACUACAAAAGUUCAAAGCAAUUUCAAAUGAUUUACUUGGUAAAGAUGGAAUGCUUGUAAAAAGUGGUUGUGCGGUUAUUCCCAGCGAGCUUAGAGAGCAAACACUAGCAAUCGCACAUGCAGGUCAUCCAAGCAUAUUGCGUAAGCGUGUUUGGUGGCCUGGAAUGACAGCAGAUGCUGAACGCUGGGUAAAAUCUUGUGUACAUUGUGCUGUAAACGGAAAACCGGAGUGUCAUACUCCAAUGGAACGCACGUUUGCACCAAAGGCGGUUUGGGAGACCAUAGCGAUGGACUUUAACGGACCUUACCUGAAGUUUGGCGGGAUAUCCAUCUUAGUAAUUAUUGACCUGAGAUCCCGCUAUGCAAUCGCUCGACCUGUGAAGUCUACUGCUUUCGAAUACACUAAGAAAGUCUUGGAUGACGUGUUUGGACGGGAAGGCUUCCCUAAAUCUAUCAAGUCUGACAACGGGCCUCCAUUCAACGGUGAAGAAUAUAAACAAUAUUGUUCAGAUCGUGGCAUUCAGACUAUCUUUUCGACGCCGUUCUUUCCUCAGCAAAAUGGGCUGGCGGAAAGUUUUAUGAAGGUAGUAAAUAAAGCGAUGUCUACAGCAGUUUCAAGUGGAAUCAGUUAUGCUGAGGAGCUUCAGAAUGCAGUUCAUGCCCACAACGCCGGAAUUCAUUCGGUUAUAAAGAUUUCGCCAGAAGAAGUUAUGAUGGGGAGGAAGAUAAAACGUGGUUUACCGUUACUAGAGUACGGGCAGUCUGAUUUCGAUGAUCAACUGCUAAGUGCAAGAGAUCGUGAUGUAAAGUUGAAAGGAAAAGAUCAUGAAGAUCGGCGUCGUGGUGCUAAGAGAAACACAGUCAUGCCUGGAGAUAUUGUGAUCGUAGAGCGUCAAACAAAAGGGAAAGGAGAUACCCGGUUUCAUGUCAAACGUUUUACGGUAAUUAAGGAGAAGAAUGGCAGUUUGCUUCUUGCUGAUGAUGAAGGUCAUACUGUAAAGCGACAUGUGUCGCAAACAAAAAAAGUUCACACCUGGAGGGACAGCUCACGAACUAGCACCGAGAAACAAAUGGAUACAGAGUCAUCGAAACGACCAGCAAGGGAAAGGAAAACUCCAUCGUAUCUAUUUGACUAUGUUCGUUUGAUGCAGGAUAAGUCAUAG